AUACUUCCACAAAACCACGAACUGGGAGCGCAUCGGGAUUAGAGCCGGACACCAGCAGGUUCGCAUCUACUACUUCAUUCUAUCGGCUGGAUUUUUUUUCUUUCUAACUCCGUUCCUACUUUUUGUCCGGUGGAGAAUGUAAAUAUUUAUUACACUAUACUCGUCCAGAUGAGCGGAUGAAGAGUACUUUUUUAAAUGAGCGGCAGUAUUGCAUGUUGACGCAUGGUUGGUACCUCUCCGCGGAAGAUGACCAAGGCGCGCUCCGUCAUUACUGUGCUGGGACUCCUCCUCGGGCUCAGCAGUGUCGCCGCGAUAGACCUGAAGUUUGUUCCUGACCCUCCAUGGCUCAACAUCCAGGACCAAAUUCACAGAAUCAACGUCACAGAAACACUGGAGCUGCGAUGCAGCGGCCGGCAGCUCCUGGACUGGACCACGCCCUACAACCGCAGCCACACAGAGGGGCGCGUGUCUCUGAGCGACUGCAGCGGCUCUGGCCUCUUCUGCUCCGCCCUGCUCAUCACCAAGGCAACGGCCAAUGAGACGGGAGAGUACCGCUGCUCCUACCGCCACCUGCCUGUGGAGGAUGGAAAGACCUCUGCUGCCGUUUAUGUCUACGUACAAGACUACAAAGCUCCGUUUGUGCGCUCAUCGCAGAACUACGAUGUGGUGUUUAUCCGCGAGGGCCAGCGGGUGGUCAUUCCCUGCCUGGGGUCGGUGGAGGACCUGAACGUCACACUGUACACGAAGUACCCAAAGAAGGAGCUGUUUCCAGACGGGCAGGAGGUGCUUUGGGACAGCAGGAGAGGCUUCAUCGUGCCGAGUCACCUGAUCAGCUAUGCCGGCGUGGUCUUCUGCCAAACACGCAUCUCCAACCAGACCUUCCAGUCCUCCCUCUACAUCGUCGCAGUCGUAGGAUACAGGAUCUAUGAGCUGACAGUCAGCCCCGCCCAGCAGAGGCUGGCCGUGGGGGAGAGGUUCCAGCUGAACUGCACUGCCCGCACUGAGCUCAACGUAGGCAUCGACUUCCAGUGGACCUACCCACAGAGCAAGGUCCAUUCGAACGUAUCAGAGACUCGUUUCCAUAAGAAGAAGCUGUGGGACUCACUGGAGCUCUCCAGCGCCCUCAUCCUGGAGAAUGUGACCAUCAACGACACCGGAGAGUACGUUUGCUCUGCCUCCAGCGGUCAGAUGAGCAAAUCCAGCAGGGCCACUCUGGUGGUGUAUGAAAAGCCCUUCAUCAUACUGAAUGAGCAGGCUGUGUGGACUGUGGAGGCCACUCUAGGUGACAGAAUGGUGAAGAUUCCUGUGAAGUAUGACGCCUAUCCACAACCUGAAGUGAAGUGGCUGAAGAACGGGCAGCCAGUGAGCCGUGAGGAGCAGAAGUACAGGGUGAAGCUGGAGAAGGACGCUCUGAGCAUCUAUGAAGUGUCUGAGAGGGACUCUGGGAACUACACCGUGGUUCUGAGGAACCCCACUACCAAGCAAGAGCAGAGGCGGUCCUUCCAGCUGCUCAUCAACGUCCCUCCCCAGAUCUUUGAGAAGGAGGUGCUGGAGGAUGGGGACGUGCACAUGUUCGGCAGCAGCCCCACCCUCCGCUGCACGGUGCGGGGACGCCCCUCCCCCAUCUCCGUCCAAUGGCAGUGGAUGCCCCUCGAGGACUGCCCUCUCGAUUUCCUGUCAGGAGGCUGGAGGUCAGAGGUCAUACAGAAGGAGUGCGCAAAAUGGAGAGACAUUACAAACAACACUGGGCAGAAUCCCAUCGACAGCCUGACAACUGACACCGACCGUUUCCACAAGCAGACUGUUAGCUCUUUGAAGAUCCAGAAGGCUCAGGUCCACGCCCUGUACAGGUGCAUCGCAUCAAACAAAGCCGGCCGUGAUGAGAGAGUCAUCUUCUUCCAUGUGACACGGGGGUUCGAGCUCAGUCUCUGGCCGUCUGCAGAGCCUCAGGAGCAGGCCGAUGUGGUUCUGCAGUGUAAGGCCGAUAAGCUGAUCUACACUAACCUGCGCUGGUUCCGGCUGGGCGGGGGGGAGUGGGACUGGAGCUCCGCCCCCUUCCUGCCCGUGCAGCCCUGCCGCGGCCUCGCCCUGCCCCCGCAGCCCCUCCCCCAGGCCCUCCUGUCUGGCCUGCAGGGCACCAACGUCACCCUGGACCUCCCGCUCUCCAACCUGUCCCUCCGAGACCAGGGCCUGUACGUCUGCCAGGUGGAGAACAUCAAAACCAGGGAGAGCACCUGCCUGCUGCACCGCCUGGCUCUCAGAGCUCUUGAGCCAUCCAGGAUCCUGGCGAACCUGACGGACCAGAGAGUGAACAUGAGUGACACAACCACACUUGUGUGUGACGUGACUGGAACGCCAACGCCCACGGUCCUGUGGACCAAAAACAACAAGACCCUCCUGGAGGGACCAGGAGUGGUCCUGAGUCGGGCGAAUCGAACCCUGACCAUCCAGCGUGUGAAGCAGGAGGACAGUGGGCUGUACACCUGCCGGGCCUGUAACAGCCUGGGCUGCGAGGCCACCAGCGCUGAGAUCCACGUGGAAGGUGCGGAGCAGAAGACCAACGUGGAACUGAUCGUGCCCAUUGGCUCAGUGGUGAUCGCCAUGUUCUUCUGGCUAAUCAUCGUCUUCGUCAUCCGCAGCAGGAAAAGGCCUGGCCAUGGGGACCUGAAGCCAGGGUACCUGUCAAUCAUGGUGGACUCUGAGGAGCUGCCCAUGGAUGAGCACUGCGAGCGCCUGACCUACGACCCCAACAAGUGGGAGUUCCCCCGAGACCGACUAAAGCUAGGGGAGCCCCUGGGGCGAGGGGCGUUUGGCCAGGUGGUGGAGGCGGCAGCGUUCGGCAUUGAGAAGGCCUCCACCUGCACCACCGUGGCGGUGAAGAUGCUGAAAGAGGGCGCCACCUCCAGCGAGUACAGGGCCCUGAUGUCCGAGCUGAAGAUUCUCAUUCACAUCGGCCAUCAUCUCAAUGUGGUCAACCUUCUGGGAGCUUGCACCAAGCCAGGCGGCCCUUUGAUGGUAAUUGUGGAAUACUGCAAAUAUGGAAAUCUCUCCAGCUACCUGAAGAGCCAGCGGGCUGCCUAUGUGCCUUUUAAGAGGAGGCCCCACAGGGAGGCAGCAGGCAGGCUCCUGGGGGGGGAGGACGCGCAGGAGAGUGACCUGGGUUUGGGAGUCAGCUCUCCCCUGGACACCUGCUUCAGCGAGGACUCCGCCCCAGGACUGGAGCCCCAUGAAAGUAAGGCCACAGACAGGGCCACCUUGACCAUGGAAGACCUGAUCAGCUACAGCUUCCAGGUGGCCAAAGGCAUGGAGUUCCUGUCCUCUCGCAAGUGCAUCCAUCGAGACCUUGCUGCCAGGAACAUCCUCCUCUCUGAGAACAAUGUGGUGAAGAUCUGUGACUUCGGCCUGGCGAGGGACGUCUACAAAGACCCUGACUAUGUCAGGAAAGGAGACGCCCGGCUGCCCCUGAAGUGGAUGGCUCCAGAGACCAUUUUUGACCGUGUUUACACCACACAGAGUGAUGUUUGGUCCUUUGGAGUCCUGCUGUGGGAGAUCUUCUCUCUGGGGGCCUCUCCAUAUCCUGGCGUCGGCAUCGAUGAGUCCUUCUGCCGGAGGCUGAAAGAGGGAACGCGCAUGAGAGCACCGGAGUACGCCAGUCCAGAGAUUUACCAGACCAUGCUGGAAUGCUGGUUGGACAGACCCACAGACAGGCCAACCUUCGCUGAGCUGGUGGAGCAUUUAGGAAACCUGCUCCUGGCCAGCGCACAACAGGAUGGGAAGGAUUACAUUCCUGUGACUACAGUGGAAGGAGGGUGUGGCAUGUCCUGCAAGCGCCCCAUUGGUGGCACUGACCGCCAGCUCCUGUAUGACAAUGCCCCGCCCCUCAGGUUCCCGCUGAGUGACGGGUGCAGCCAACCUGUAAGUGAAGAGCCAUUUGAUCGAUUGGUGGAACACACCGUUGCCGUGGAUGUACAGAAGGACAGUGGAGUGGACCCCUCAUCUCAAACUCCCAAUUUCAGUCCUCUGCUGCACUAUAAGAGCCAGGAGUCUCUGGCCUCUGAAUCGUCCAAUCAGACGAGCGGCUACCAGUCGGGGUACCACUCUGAUGACGCAGAUGCGCCGCUCUACGCCAACGAGGAGAUGAUCCUGAAGAAGAGCGUCUUUAAAGUUCCGCUAAAGAGCGCUAGCAAGUACAGCACUGAGGUCCGGUACAGCGCACCCCCAGUGUAGACCCCCCACCCCAACCCUAAACUCACCCCCACCCCCAGUGUUACAGACCCCACUGUUACUGACCCUAGUGUAACAGACCCCACUGUUACUGACCCGAGUGUAACAGACCCUAGUGUAACAGACCCCACUGUUACUGACCCGAGUGUAACAGACCCUAGUGUAACAGACCCCACUGUUACUGACCCGAGUGUAACAGACCGUAGUGUAACAGACCCCACUGUUACAGAACCCAGUUUUACUGACCCGAGUGUAACAGACCCUAGUGUAACAGACCCCGCUGUUACUGACCCGAGUGUAACAGACCCUAGUGUUACAGACCCCAGUGUUACUGACCCGAGUGUAACAGACCCUAGUAUAACAGACCCUAGUGUAACAGACCCCAGUGUUACUGACCCGAGUGUAACAGACCCUAGUGUUACAGACCCCAGUGUUACUGACCCGAGUGUAACAGACCCCAGUGUAACAGGCUGAGAGGGCUUACUUAUUUCAGGGCAUCGCAGGGCUUCCUGUAGUCAUGCGUAACUAGGCCCUGACUCACCCCCUCCCACUUUGAGCUAAUCAGACCCUGAGACAGUUUCCCAGCAGUGUAAAAGUUUCCCCAGGAGUGCAAAAGUUUCCCCAGGUGUGUAAAAGUUUCCCCAGGAGUGCUAGAGCUUCCCCAGGAGUGCUAAAGUUUCCCCAGGAGUGUAAAAGUUUCCCCAGGUGUGUAAAAGUUACCCCAGGAGUGUAACAGUUUCCCCAGGUGUGUAAAAGUUACCCCAGGAGUGUAACAGUUUCCCCAGGUGUGUAAAAGUUACCCCAGGAGUGCUAGAGCUUCCCCAGGAGUGCUAAAGUUUCCCCAGGAGUGUAAAAGUUUCCCCAGGUGUGUAAAAGUUACCCCAGGUGUGUAAAAGUGGAGAUCAGGCUGUGGAACAGAUCACCAUGCGCCAUGCAGUUUGCAGCUAAUGAGAAAUGCGAUGGGCUCAGAAUCACGUGUUGUCAUUGCGCUGGAUUCCCACAGUAAAAAUGCUUUACUCUGCAUUGCACUGCACUUCAUCCAGGGGGAAAUUACUCUUCAAACUGCAGGAAGUUGAUGUGGUUAUGAUUAUAAAUAUUAUUAUGAUUUUAUGUUUAUGAAAGAAAAAUGUGUAAUUCUUUGAUGUAUUUAACUUCUUUAUGUUAAACUCUUCCUCAGUUCAGCAAUACACACACAUACACACACAUAUACACUCACACACACACGCAUGCACACACACACACACACACACAGAAUAAUAACAGAUGUCGCAUUAAUGUUUAUUCUAGAAAUAAAUGUAAUAUAUUCUGUUGAAAUAAAAUACGAAAUAUAA